AUGAAGCUCUUCGUAAACUACCGCAAGAAAGACCAUCCUCCCCUUCGCGUUGGCAAAUUCGGUGUCAUCAACUACGGCUUGGGCCCUGAGGCCUUGGCUCCUAGCUCUCUCAAUCCCGAAAAUGUUGCCGUAGCCCGAGGUGAAUCAUCACGCGACCUCCUCAAGAAUCUCCGCUUCGUCAACGCCAAAGACAAAGACCCUGGUGCUCCCCGACUUACCUUGACGCUCGGUCUAAAUGUCGCCAAUCUUGUGGUUGUAUUCAUCGGUACUUUGGACGAACUUCUGCAUAAGGGGGAGUUUGCGCUGAAGGCCAAGGUCCACGGGCUGGAUUGGUCUACGACUUCGCUUUCGGAGCAAAAACUGGAGAUUGGCAAGGCUGGUGUUAAGAUUAAGGACUCGGAUAUGAAGGAGGUUGCAAAGACGGACGAGCCUCGUAUCAAAGGAGAAAAUAAAGAGAUGAAGGAGUUUGGUACAAGGGAACCUGAUCUCAUGAUCAAAGGCGAGGAUACCAAGAAGGGUGACGGGGGUUGGACACUCAGAGCUUUACAUGUAGAAUGGCAACACGGGAACACAUAUCAAAAGGAAGUUCCACAGUUCGGAAAUCAUAAAGUGAAUCUCCUGAUACAUUUGGGGCACUGA